AUGUCCGUCUGUUUAGCUAUCACAAAGGGGUUAGCUGUCACUUCUUUAGGUAUCAAUACCGGUCUGUUGACUACCACAGCAAUCGUUUCGAAUGCCACACCAAACUCUAUCUUAAAACAGUUGUAUUCCACGUCAAAUCCGAAUAUUGCCAAGGCGGUGGGACAUGCUCUUUGCCACGUUGGUAUUGCAUCUGUAUCUUUAACUGCAUUAUCAUCUGCAUUAUUUGCAGCUAGUUUUUAUUGGUCCCCACCAAAAUGGCAACACCCUUAUCUAUUAUAUGCAAUGGUUGCAGCUCCAUUAUCAACAGCUUAUCUAUAUUUGAUCGAAUAUCUAUAUACUCCUUCUACAGAUGAUGAAUCAACAGAAGAAGAUCAAACCUCUGUCACACCUGAUGAAAAAUCCCCAGAUUUGGAAUCCUCUCUGGUAGAUUUAGGAAGUUCAGUGCCUACCCCAUUCAAGCAUCCACCAAUUACUGCUGAUAGCGGAGCCACUUGUCCAUUUGCUAAUAAGAAUAACAAGAGCAAACAAAACAAUACAUCACCAGUUAUGGAACCAAAAGAUGAUAAGUCUGUCUCAUUUACUCCACAUUUCUUUAUUGCUAGUUUGAUCAGCAUCAUCGGACUAUUCCAAUCUGUAGUAGGUAUCUACGGUGAAGGGUUAUUUAUCUAA